AUGAUGUUGGAUAAAGAGUGCCGCCUCUCCUCGCUUCAGGAAGGGAUCAAACCGUCACUAAGCAGGGUUGGUGACCGUAGCGCUGACGACUCCACCGCCACCGCCACCUCCCCAGGAGAAAUCAGCGACUGGAAGCAGCCCCUGUAAUUACCGGCCGCUCUGCUGCGCGCUGAUUGAUGCCUCUUGAUGAAGUAGUUCAGUGAUUGAAGAGUAACGAUGCUCCGGAAAAAUCUAUAAGAGGCCUUUUACUGCUACUGGAGAGGAGAGCAGGGAUUGGCCGUCCUCCAUUUUGCUGGUUAAUCAGACGGCGGUUUGAAGCCAUCUCACGGCAGGAGAACGAUCAUCCUGGCUCAUCAGUCAGAUCGAUCAAUCACCUGAUGGAAGGAGGGCAAACAGGCGGCGUAUGGAGCCGCUCACCUGCUGUCAUCGCCCCCCCAACUCACAGGCGUUCAAAGUGGCGAAUGAAUCCAGGUCAUCAGAGUGCUUCUGCGUUUAAUACUGCCAUAUUUCAACAGCGCCGUGUCUGCAGAAGUGCAGCUUUCUGCAGAAGGCUGAUGGUCGCUCUUACAGGGAACUGGGGGUCAGAAUCCACGGUCUCCUCCAUCUGGUGCUUAAAAGUUCUUCAAACCUUUGAGGAAUCAUUAGACAAAUACGUCACCAAGGCUUUGUCCGAGCUUUUUGCAGGGGGCUGAUGGUCGCUCUUAAAGGAGACUCAGGGUCAGAACCAACGAGUAUGCAAUCCACGGUCUCCUCCAUCUGGUGCUCAAAAGCUCUUCAGACCUUUGAGGAAUCAUUAGACAAAUACGUCACCAAGGCUUUGUCCGAGCUUUCUGUAGCAGCGUGGCAUCCUCUAAGAAAACUCAGAGACACGACGGCUCUGAAGCUCUUUUCUAUCAUCCUUAUAUUUAGGGUUAGGUUUGUUGGACAUCAUCUUUCUGGCAUCCCCCCAAAAACACCUGGAAUCUCCACCACCUGUUUCUCUGUCUUUAGGGUUUCUAUUCCACAAGACCUCAAACUUUGUGUCCGAUCAAAAGACUUUUGUUUAACGCUUUAAAGUCCAGAGUGUGUUUAAAGUACGUCUGUGUGGAAGAGCUACAUCAGAAAACACCCAGUAUGUUUGAAAUGUGAGCAAACAGUGGCACAGGUUGAAGGAACAUCUUGACUCCUCCGUUUUUUUUUUUUGCGUUGGCAUUUCGAAGUGAACUCGGGAGGCUUUACGUCUGAACGGAGCGUCAGCGCGCCCUCCUGCCUCCUCUCAGCCUCGGCUUCCUUAAUCAACAUGGCAGCUGUGUUUCUGCCUCCUCUCCUCUCCUCUCCUCCCUCUGCUCCCUUCCUCUCUUCUCCUUCUCCUCCUCAUAAUCACAUGCAAGACGACCAUGACAGGUAGGCAUUUGCAGGAGAUUAGGGCUGUAGUUUUUUGGCAUUAAGGUGAAUUAAUCCAGAAAUGAAUAUGGAAAAUGCGGGUAAUUACCGACUCGGAGGCGCUCUGGGACAUUUUAGGGACAUGUCAAAGUAUUCUCUCUUCCUGCUGUCUUCUUUACUCUUCAUAACAUUCAUUUCUUCUCCCCCGCUGUUCGUUCUUCUUCUCUGGUAAUAGCACAGUGACCCCCGAGCUUGCAGAGAGCGAGCGAGUGAGCGUCUGGUUGAAAGCAUUGAUUAUCACGGCACAGUCCUUGAUGGAGCAGUUUGGCUUGAUGCGUGUAAUUGUGGUGUAAUUAAACAUUGACACUGGGGCUCUAACCGAGGCCUGUCAAACUCUCUGACCUUCUCAGCGGCUCGGAGAGGUGAGCGCACCAUUUACUCCUGCUGGAGGGAGACAAAUGAGGAGGUUUGCUGUCUCUGUGUGAGAUGAGUUCCCAGCGGUGAGUCUAUAUGGUGUGGAUAAGCUCGUGUACAGUCUCUGAUUCAUGUCAUAGUGGGAGAUCUCUUCAAAUAAACCCCUUCAGGUUAUCUUUUCUGGACGCUGUUGCUCAUCUAAAGUAGAAACACCACUGACAGUAAAAAAACACAGUUGUUUCUUAUAAUAAACUGGAAAACCACGACACAAGCCAUUCAAAUGAUUACUGGAGAUAGUUAAUGGGUAUGAUUUUACCAAAUCUUUACCCAUAAAUCAAGAUUAUCUUACUCUGACUUUUAUCUGCACAUGGUAUCCCCUGAUUUCAGGAAGUAAAAGUGAGGUUUUGGCUUUGUGUAGAAUAUCCAUAAAUACAUCUCAUGAAACAUGCAGACCGUUCCCUGUACUGCUAUGUGAAGAAAGUAACCUCUAGAAACCGGCAGUAGAUUUGAGAGUCGAGUCUGAGUCCAUCUAUAACUAAAAAGGUCCAAAAAGAUCAUCUUUAAUGAUCCCAGUCCACACCUGUACCCCACCUUCUACUUCUGGACUCUCCAGGUAGGUUGCAGCACCGGGGAAUAACGGGUUCCUGUGUCUCAAAUCUUUAAUUUAUGUCUCUUUCUCUCAUCUCGUUAAUUUCAGGAGGGCUGCAUCCCUCUGAAAGAUCUUUAGUUUUUGCCGUCUCAGAGUCUGUUGGAUCCUUUUUUUCUGGUCCACUUUGUCUGAGGAAAAGACACUGCCUAACACCUGUGCACACCUGAUAUGGGGUGUUGAUCUCUCCCUCUUUACACAAAUGUAGAUCAGCUGACAUCCAAGUUUAUUCAGAGUGGAGUUUAAGAGCGUACACAACGAUGACAAUGUGGUCAAAAUACUCUCUGGUGUAGACGGAUGAUAUUUUUGUAAAUAACUCGACUGAGAUGACUGUCGGUGACUUUCUCUUCUCUUCAGCUCCAGAUAACUAUCCCAGACAAAGUCUUGGAGGAGUCUUUUAAGUGACUUUUAAUUUAUGCUUUUGUUCUUUCGUCGUCUCCUUUUCCCAGCAGCAGAGAGAAAAACCUGAUUCCACUGGGAUCCAAACUUUCGUCUUACAGAGAGGAACAAGUACAACCAGGAGUCAUUUAUUCACGAUCCAUACCUGCUUAUCUUGUUCAGGGUCGCAGCUCUUUGGUCUUGUGCUGCAGGGUAAGGGUUGGUUAGCUCGAUACAAAAACAACUCAGGGUCAAAUGGAGCUUGAGUUGAAUGGAGUAUUUUUCAUGGUUUGGGAUCCUUCGAUGUGAAAAAAUAGUUGCGUGCUCUUUCUGCGGUCUUGCUGCUCUAUUGUUGUAGUCCUAUUGUUUGUGACUGUUCUAGUUUCCACAAGAAGUUUGUCAACAAAGAGUCUUUGCUGAAAAGACUGAACACGUCAUUUCCCUUGAGAAGAAAUCAAAGAACUUUGGGUCCAUUUAACAUAACAUGCAUGUUAUUGGACUAAGAAGAAUCAUAGCACUUAAGAAAACCCACGUAGAUGCAACAAGAACAAGCAAAACCUUCACAAGAUCUCACCUGAAAGACAGAGACUGUGUCACUGAAGUCACUUCACAUCUGAGCUGACAGAAAUAACAUGAGGAGUUCCCCAGGGCUCUAUCCUGGGGCCUUAUUUGUUUGAUAUCUAUAUGCUCCCACUUGUCAUUUAAAAAAAAUAAUGAACUAAGUCAUUAAAACUCUGCAUUGACUCACAGAUAUACAUCUCGAUGCCACCGACCCUAACCUCAAAUUUCCACCGCAUCUGGAAUGGCUACGAAAAGGUCGUAUCCACCGAUCGUAGCUGAUCGUAAACAUUCAAUGUUUACGAAAAUGUUCUGCAGAUGAAUGAAGAUAAAAGUGAGACAGAGAAGACAGAUAAAAGUUCUGAGAGCCAAGUCUGCUUUCUACGUGUCACUAAUCCAUAAAAUAAGACGGAAUCAAUAAUCAGUGGGUUGAUUUCUGAGCAUCAGGCGAUGUGGUGGAAAAAAGGUGAAAAAAAACACUCAUGACUCAUAGUCCUGUAAAAUAACCACCAAACCCUAAAAGUGGAGGAUUAAAUAGGAAAGUUUUCUGUCUGUUUUGAUGUGGUCUUACUCUCCUCCUCUUCUCCAUCAUCAGAAUUUUAUUCUCCAUCUGUUUCUUCUUUUGUCUGCAGCGGUUUCACCAAAACACUGAGUAUCACCUGAAGUGGAAUUGAAAUCUAAAAUGUAAAUGAAUUUUCCUGCGUGAGUGUGUGUGUGUGUUUGUGUAUGUGUAUGUGUGUGUGUGUGUGUGUGUGUGUGUGUGUGUGUGUGUGUGUGUGUGUGUGUAUGUGUAUGUGUGUGUGUGUGUGUGUGUGUGCGCGCGCUGUGUUUUGUAGCGUCAGAGAGAAACACAUCAGGAGGUAAAGGGGCACAACGCCUCGCUGUCGCAGCAGAAUCAUUUCCUCGUGCAUUUACAUGCAAAUUCGCCCCUCUGCUGCCUCUCUGCAGCCACAAUGGAGCUCAGCAAAUCAUUGUCUCAUCACAGAGAGAUGGAUUUCAUCCCCGGGCCGUGUGGACGUGGAGGGAAACUGGGCUGAAUUCAUAUGUCGAGCUCUCUGCGGCGGCUGCCACCGAGCCAGACUCCUCGUCCUCCAUCAUGGAGGAAGGCAAACAGCCCAGGCCCUUUAGCAUUUGUGCAAAUGUCAGAGAAAAGGACAGAUCUCAGGAAUUAACGGCAGCAGAGGUGGAGGAAGCUGAAAAACCUCCUCCUGAAGAAAUAGAUGGACUCGUGGUGCCAGGCGCCGGCUUCUCCUCCACAGAGAGAAAGAUUAAUGUGAAGCUCAGAGCGCAAAGUUACACCGUCAUGGCGACCGUUAGGAAACUCUGA